AUGAUCGAUCUGGUUGAGUUCUUCACGCCUGAAAAUAAGCGUCUGCUUCUUAGAGAGUAUUCAAUCUACAAAUUGGACAGUUCUGUUAAGAAGAAGAUUGUGGAACAAAAGGGUGGCAACUUCGUUUAUUCAGGCGAUAAGGUGAUUGCUUUCAAGAAGUUCGAUAAUGUGUGUGCUUGUAUAGUGGGCGAAGAUGAGGAUGCAAUGUUCUUGCUCAAUGUGUUGAAUAUCAUUAUGCAACAUUUUGAAAAGUGUUUCGGUAGCGUAACUGAGUCAUCACUGCUUUAUAACUUCGCUAUGUCGCAACAGAUUGUAGACGCAUGUCUUUUGGACGGCGUUGUGGUUGACUUGAAUGAGCCAGUCAUUUUAAAUGAGAUAAACGGCCUAUAA